CCCCGCACUGCGCAGUUGAAGACUAGGACUGGGCAUCCUUGUCAGCCAUCAUCAUUCUUCUCCUCGACGUGAAUGAAGUGUCCAAAAAGAAAAAACAAAUCAACUACCUUUCCUCAGGUUCUUCUUUCUUCUUCUUCCACGCUGUCUACCAACCUCCUCUUUCAACACUAAACAUUCAGCUCUAACCGUCUCCCUCUCUCAACUCAAAAUUAGGGUUUACAUUUCAUCGCCCAAUCCUAUUAAACCCUUCUCAAUUUCCACGAAAGAAGAAAUUGCAAUCAGUUUUCCCAUCGAAUGUGUAGUAAAUUCGUCUCGGGAUACAUUCAAUUUUGAUGGGGGAAUCAGAGAAUAAAGAUGAAGUUCCUGAAGGGAGUGGGAUAUGUGGGAUAGAAGAGGAAAAUUCUCCUGAUUCAUUAAAGAAUACUCCAUCAAAUAUCGCAAGAUUGGAAGACGUGAUUGAACAAUGUGGAGGUCGUAAGAAGUAUUUAGCACAGACUAAAAGUCCUUCUGAUGGUGAAGAUAUUCGUUGGUACUUUUAUAAGGUUCCUCUUGGCGAGAAUGAGCCAGCAGCAUCCGUUCCUCGCUCAGAGAUAGUGGGGAAGACCGAUAGCUUGCGUUUCAGUAUGAGGGACUCCCUUGCAUUGGAAGCUUCUUUCUUGCAGAGAGAGGAGGAGUUGCUCUCAAAAUGGUGGAGAGAGUACGGAGAAUGUAGCGUAGGGCCGAUUGGAAGCAAUACUAUCUCAGAAAUUAAACCUGGUCCAGAAUCUCAGUCCUCUAUAGAUGAUCGUUCAAGACAGCUUCUUGCAGAUGAUGAAGAGAGAGUUGGUGUUCCUGUAAAAGGAGGACUCUUUGAGGUUGAUUUAGCCAAACGUCAUUGUUUUCCUGUUUACUGGAGUGGAGAAAAUCGACGCGUUUUACGAGGACACUGGUUUGCUCGAAAAUCUGGUCUAGAUUGGCUGCCUUUGCGUGAGGAUGUUGCUGAGCAGUUAGAGUUUGCGUAUCGUAAGCAGGUAUGGCAUAGGAGGACCUUUCAGCAAUCUGGACUUUUUGCAGCUAGAAUUGAUUUACAAGGUUUUUCACCGGGUCUCCAUGCACUUUUUACAGGAGAGGAUGAUACCUGGGAGGCUUGGUUAAAUGCAGACUCAUAUGGUUUCUCUAAUAUAGUUGGUCUCAAAGGAAAUGCAAUUAAGCUAAGGCGUGGAUAUUCAUCCUCUGGGUCUGCAAAACCAACACAGGAUGAACUGCGUCAACGGAAGGAGGAGGAAAUGGAUGACUACAGCUCUCAAGUUCCAGUUAGGCAUUUAGUAUUUAUGGUUCACGGUAUUGGUCAAAGAUUGGAGAAAGCUAAUUUAGUUGAUGACGUUGGAGAUUUUCGUGCCAUUACAGCAAAUCUGGCUGAACAUCAUCUGUCUGCACACCAACUUGAUACUCAGAGGGUACUCUUCAUUCCUUGCCAGUGGAGAAAGGGGUUGAAGCUUGAUGGUGAAAGCGCUGUCGAGAAGGUUACUUUGGAGGGUGUGCGUGGCUUGCGUUUCAUGCUAAGCGCAACUGUUCAUGAUGUGCUAUAUUACAUGAGUCCUAUCUACUGUCAGGAGAUCAUCAACUCGGUUUCUAACCAGUUAAAUAGGUUGUACCUGAAAUUUAUCAAGAGGAAUCCAGGUUACGAUGGAAAAGUGUCUAUAUAUGCUCAUUCUCUGGGAAGUGUCCUCUCUUACGAUAUCCUUUGUCGUCAAGAGAAUCUGUCCUCCCAAUUUCCGGUAGAUUUCAUGUACAAAGAGCGUGGUGGAAAUAAAGAAUCCUGUUUAGGUGAAACCAAUUCCUCUCCUCAUUGCAGAUCUUCUCGGACACCCAGGGAACCAUCUCAUACAUUAUCUCAGCAUACUGCGGAGUCUGAACAACCUAGUGGUAAGUCCUCCGUGGAGGACGAAGAACGAGUUUUAGAUCAGGGUUCCAGUGAGGCACUUCCUCUCGAGGAUAAUAGCUUAGGUAAUAGUACAAGCACAGGCAUCGGAAUUCUCGACGGUGUUUUGGAAAAUUUGGCGGAGAACACUAGUGCAUCUGCAGACACCACCGAGGAGGGGAAAACAAUCAAUAUGCUGAUGGAAGAGGUGCUUACCCUAAAAGCAAGAAUAGCUGAACUGGAAUCGCACCAUGGUGGUGAAGGUGAAAAGGAAGUAGACAAUGAAGGUUCAUAUCAACCCCCCUCUCAAAAGUUACCCUCCAAGCAGGGAAAUAUGGCCCAGAAUUAUAUGCCUCAAAUCAAGUACACAAAGCUUGAAUUCAAGGUGGAUACAUUCUUUGCAGUUGGGUCUCCUCUUGGUUUCUUUCUUUCCCUUCGUAAUGUCAGGAUUGGAAUUGGUAGAGGUCUAGAGUAUUGGCAAGAUGGAAAGAUAAUUGAAGAAAUGCCUGCCUGUAGGCAGAUGCUCAAUAUUUUUCACCCUUUUGAUCCCGUGGCAUACAGAGUAGAACCACUUGUUUGUAAAGAAUAUUUCAACAAGCGUCCAGUUUUAAUUCCUUAUCACAAAGGGGGAAAGAGGUUGCACAUUGGGUUUCAGGAAUUCACCGAAGAUCUAGCUCAUCGUUCUCAAGUGCUUGCAGGUCAUCUAAAUGCUUUUAGGGUACGCAAUAUGCUCCAUGAUAAGGUAAAAGUGCUCUCCAUAUGCUCGAAAAAGGCUGUCACUGAAGAUUCAACAGAAGAUGAGGAAGAGACAAAAGAAAGAUCAUAUGGUUCACUUAUGAUGGAGACGUUGACUGGAAGUGAAAAUGGUCGGAUUGAUCACAUGCUUCAAGAUAAAACAUUUGAACAUCAAUAUAUAUCAGCAAUCGGGUCGCAUACAAAUUAUUGGCGAGACGAAGAUACUGCUCUUUUUAUACUUAACCACUUGUAUUCAGAUAUUCCAAAAGAGCCAUCCAAAUCUGAACAAUCCAGUAGAAGUAGCUCGAAAAGGGAAACAAGGCCAAAAGAUUUGCAUUGCCAAAAUGAUGAAAUCUCUGAACUUAUUGUUCCUUUAAUAUCCCCUGAAGGAUGAGCGUUCAACGAAUAAAUUAGUAGUAUUAUGCAUUUUCUUUAGCAUGUAUUAGAUGUUCAUAUUAAUGUGUAUCAUUUGAAAAAAAAAUUCACAAGUUCCAUCAUUUUAAUCAUUUUGCAAGAUAUACUUUGUUUGUGAAUAGCAAAUAUGAGGCUUUUACAUAAAUUUAUAAGAUGUCCUUUUUCUUUGUGUAA